GCCAGUAAGCUGUCAGAUAUGCAGCUGGGAGAGUCCGUAGACAUUGGACAGCUCACAAAGAAAGAGCAGAGAAAGGCCAGGUUGGAGUGUGAUCAAGAAUGUGCUACACUGGAGAGGAACAGGCGGCUGGCUAAGGCCCUGCAGAUUGAUCAGUCAGUGGAUACCUUCAACAAGUCAACGUCUUCCAAAUAUAGUGACUCUCUCAAAGAAGAUGCAAGGAAAGAUUUCAAGUUUGUCAGUGAAAUUGAGGAGGAGAUUAAGAAUUUAGUUGAACUGGCUAACAAGGGUAAACAGUCUAAGAGGAGUCACUGUUUUCCACCUAUGAAGCGUGAACACAGGAGAAUUAUCCAUGAGCUAGCGGAGGCAUAUGGUGUGGAAAGCGUCAGCUAUGAUAGUGAACCCAAGCGCAAUGUAGUGGUCACUGCCAUCAGGCCAACAGAAACUAAAAUUUUAGAUUGGGCCUCCAACUCUGUUGUCAGCGUCACAUUAUCGACGGCGGUCAUUAUGAGGAAGAAGCUCUUGGCUGCUUGUAUAUUUGGCGGACUUUUCACGCUCAAGUUGCGUAGUAUUUUAGGCCUGUUCGACAAAGUUCCCACUGUAUUCCGACGGCCCGUGUUAGUGACUGACUGGAGCGGCGCGUAA